UCUGCUCUCUUUUUCCUUCUUAAUGCAGAUUCUUUCGGUUGAAGAUUAUCUAUCUCAUUCUUAAUGUAUUUUUUAUGCAACAGUGUCUGUGUGUCCAUGCUGCAUAACCUUACUUUUUAAGGACUUAACCCAUUUAAUUUUUUGAAAACGAAUUUAUUUAUAAGUUUAUGUUUCUUUUGUUGCUUAUCAGGAAGUGCACUAUCUCAUUAAAGCAAAAGAAAUGGUUAGAAAGGUCAAAAGAAAAUUAAAUGAAGAAGAUAAAGAUAGUCAGAUGGUAGAAACACUGAUGCCUCCUAAAAAGAAGAUAUUAGAAACUUCAUAUGAAAAGAGGAAAUGGAUCAACAAGCAAAGAGUGCUGGUAUUUGCAUCCAGAGGAAUAAGUCAUAGAGAUAGACAUUUAAUGGAAGAUAUAAAAAAACUUAUGCCUCACCAUAAACCUGAAGCUAAAAUGGAGCGUUCAAAAACACUAGCAAUAGUUAAUGAGAUGUGUGAAAUGAAAAAUUGCAAUAAAGCUAUUUUAUUUGAAGGUCGUAAAAAACGAGAUAUGUAUCUGUGGUUGGCAAAUAUACCAAAUGGGCCUAGUAUAAAGUUUUUGGUUCAAAAUGUGCAUACCAUGGCUGAAUUAAAAUUAACAGGAAACUGCUUAAGAGGCUCCAGACCAUUACUAAGUUUUGAUCCUCAAUUCAAUGAAAAAGCGCAUUGGAUGCUUUUGAAGGAAUUAUUAGUUCAAACAUUUGGUGUUCCGAAACAUCAUCCUAAAAGCCAACCGUUUUUUGACCAUGUGUAUACUUUUACCAUCCUUGAUAACAGAAUUUGGUUUAGGAAUUUUCAAAUUCUAUCAGAAGAUGGAGGUUUAACUGAAAUUGGGCCCCGAUUUGUACUUAAUCCAGUAAAAAUAUUUUCUGGGAGUUUUGGUAAAACAGCAUUGUGGGAAAACCCGCAAUAUAUUAGUCCCACAAAACUUAGAAUGCAAACGAAACUUGCCUCUAGAAAUAGAUAUAAUAAUCGAAUUCAAGAUAAAAGUCAUGCUGCACUGGCAAACUCCGAAGAAAGCUACAAAUCAGCACCGCUAGAGGAUAUCUUUCAAGGAAAUCCAUUAGAAAAAGCAACCAAGUUAACUAAAGAUUACAAAACAAAAGAUGAAGAGAAAGAACAGAAUAGAUCUAACCAGAAGAGGGCUAGUAAAACUAAAACUAAUAAACUAGUUCAUCCAAAAAUAAAAACAAAAAAGUAAUAAAAAUUUAAGUCGUAUAUUUUU